AUGGAGAUUUCUCAACGGCCAUACUCGCCCCCGUCACCCUUAGAAUUACAUUACUCGGAUGCUGCGUCCACAACCUUCCCUGAUCGGCCCAUUCGACCACUGCCUAGACGACGUAUACGAUCAAAGAUUUCCCCUGAAUUAGCCGAAUCGAUCUUGCAUUCGUCGCCGUCUGAACCUACAGAAAAAUUAUUCCAGAUCCCAUAUUUUGAGGCAUCUACCCAAAAUGGCCGGUCGACCUCGCAGAGCUCAUCCUUGGAAGCACAAGCUUCCGAUAGCAUUGAUGACGACCAAAAGGUGCAGACUCACCUCCGAGCUCGAUUGGAGCAUGGAGCGGAGGGAUUGGAGCGCGCCACGGACGGAAGAAAGGAGCAGCUCUUGUGGCCUCCCUCAUUGGGUACGGCGCCCGCAUGGAGUAGCCAUGUGAAGCCAAGGAAUGAUUCGUCCCGGCACAGCAAGCAAAAUGCAUCCCAAUCGAUAGCUUCCUCCGCUGAUUCAGUGGACGGUUAUGAUUCUUUUGAAAAUACAAAUAAUAAGAAGAAGAGGAAGAUCCCGGCAAAUGGGGGCCAUCACUCGUCUCUUUCCGCAGAAAUGGCUUCGAUGGGUAUCACUCCUACGAGAGACAUCGAUGCUUCUCAUACGGACUCAGAUUCUGGCAUUGGUCACUACUACGGGUCUGGGAGCUCUGCAUUGCCAACUAAACCGGGAGCAAACGUGUCUGGUGCUGGAAGGGGCCGCUACAGCAAAAUUGGUGGAAGGAGACGAAGCACUCGCAGUCCUUUGGGUGUUUCGUUCAAUGGGUCGAACAACGCCAGACGCGGUCCACCAAACGCUGAAGAUUCCCUUGCCAAAGAGGCUUUGCCUACAGCUGAUACUGAUCAAGGCAUUAUCUCCGCUGCCAUUGCGAAUGCUGCGACUUUACCAAUUGGGAAUGCGGAACAAGAGAAUCUCAGCCCUCUCAGCCAGCAGUCCACUAGGGCGCAUUCUCAGGGCAAGACUCAAUUUACGUUUACAUGCGAAUCUGAUUCUACUAACGACAUGGUGUGGCCUGGGUACGGCUACCCUUCGACUCCAGGCGCGUACCCAGAAGGCCUUGCAAAUGGCGUUGAUGGGGCAUAUGAACAGGGCGCUAUGCAACACGCGUCUCAAACCAACUCUGGAAUCGGCAAUGAAGCGGCCCAGGCACGAGGAGGGAGCUCACAGACAGCUAAAGCUCCAAAGCCUCGUCGACCGCUAUCAAAGCAAUAUACAAUGGCGGCAAGAGAUCGUCAAUUGAGGCAGAAUUACAACAAUUAUCAUCAUCCGCCCAAGGAGGAGGAUGUGUGGAUAUGUGAAUACUGCGAGUAUGAAGCUAUUUUCGGCGGUCCACCCGAGGCUCUUCUCCGACAGUACGAGGUGAAGGACCGCCGUGAGCGGAGACGGCUAGCAGAAAAACGACGCUUACUUGAGAAGGCAAAGAUGAAGGGCAGGAAGGGAAAGAGGGGGAACAAGAAUUCGAAGAGUACAGCCAACGCUCCUCAACAUCAGCAAGCCAACCAGAAGCAGCGGUAUGAUCCUCAAGCUACCGAUGAUUAUGGUGCCGACCCAGGUGGUUUGCAAAGCGACGACUACGUACUGGAUCAUUACGACGAAGACGCAACGCCCAACAUGCCUCCACAGGCACCAUCAAGGUUUUCUCAGUCGGCGGCGCAAACCAUUACCCAAAACCAACGUUUAUCUGAUAUCAAUGCCGACUGGGUCCAUGACAAGUACGAAGACGACCCGCAUGCUGUGCAGCUCGGGUACCUCACUAUGAUGGACCUCAAAAUACACGUCGUGGACGUAGCCCUUCCGAAUCGCAGAGGUAAAAUUCUCGAGCUCUACAAUGAAAGAAGCCUUCGUAACGACGUUUGCAGAACCAUUUCCGAUAGUCGCCUCAGGGUUGAUAACCUACAUUACGAUCUUACCGAAGAUGAUUUGGAGGAUCUGUUCACCCGUAUUGCACCUAUCACGUCCCUCUCCCUCGUAUAUGACCGCGCUGGACGCUCCACCGGAACAGCAUAUGUGAGCUAUGAUUCUAUUGGUGCUGCCAAUCGGGCGAUUCGUGAAUUCGAUGGCGCGAAUGCUGCCGGGCAGCCAAUUCGGCUUACCCUACUACCCACCGCCCCCGCAACUGAAUUUCAUCGCGGACGAGAUACUGUCGCCUCUCGCAAUCCUUUCGAUACAGCUACAAGACCAGGUCGAAGCCUCUUCGAUCGAAUUGAGAAACCCAACGGUCGUCGCCCAGAUGGGAGGAAUCGCAGUCGUAGUCCUGAUCUACCCAGAAGAAGUAAUGUCGCUAAACCACCUCCAGACGGUGUUGAUCGCUACGUCCCCGGUGAGAGAUCUGGAGGGCGGAGGAGGAGCAGGUCUCGAAGUCCACCAAGGAGAAGGAGAAGCCCACCAGGAAGAGGGAGAAGCCCUGCAAGAAGGGGAAGAGGAAAACCCAAAGUAGAUGGUGAAGGGCGUCAACUGGUUGGAGGACGACCAAGGAAGACCCAAGAGGAGUUGGAUAGGGAGAUGGAAGACUAUUGGGAAAAGAAGAAAGAAAACACAGCAUCCGAGCAGAAUGGUAAGGCUCAAGCUAUUCAAUCAAUAGCUGUACCGGAGGAUGAAGAUAUUGACAUGAUCACUUGA